GAUCGGGAUCGGGGAUGGCGGAUGGCGGGGUGGCGGUGCUGGAGGUGCACAUCCCCUCGGUGGGGCCGGAGGCCGAGGGGCCCGACCGGACCCUGGAGAAAGGACACAUGGUGUUCAGGGUGGAGAUCUUUUACAACGGGCGAAGGCACACCAUCCAGAGGCGCUACAGCGAGUUCCAUGCUCUGCACAAGCGGAUCAAGAAGCUGUGUAAAGUGCCUGACUUCCCCGUGAAGCGCGUGCCCAACUGGAGAAGUAAGGUUUUGGAACAGCGGCGACAGGGGCUGGAGGCCUACAUCCAGGGUGUCCUGUACCUCAACCAGGAGAUUCCCAAGGAGCUGCUGGAGUUCCUGAAGCUCCGCCACUUCCCGUCGGAUACCAAGGCCAGCAGCUUGGAUUCACUCGGUGAGUUCCUGCCCGGCAACAGCAGCUGCCAGCUACACCACCGGCCGGUGCUGAACUUCAACAAGGACCCCUAUGUAGAUCCUCCAUCUUCAGAAUCACUUCCCAACACAGUGGUGAAUGGCGUGCUGCAGGGCCUCUAUGGCUUCGGUCUCUGCCCCGCCAAGCCCCAGCGACUCUCCCCUGCCAUGCGGGGCCGUCGUCCCGACCGGGACUGUGAGGAGCACGGAACCUGUGCCUGUUGCCGGUCGGAGCGGCUGCCGGCCUGACUCGGGAGUGGGAGCGGCUAGUCCGGAUGUAGACUCCGCCAGCCCACGGUUGCCCGUUGCGGCUGGGAGCCGAGCCAGAGGAUGCUAACGGUCGGUGGCGGUUGAGCACAGGAAGGCCCCCAGACUCGCUAAGGGGCUGGUUUGGGCAGAGCAGGGGGCUAGGGGGCUGCCUAGAAGAAGGGAGAAGGAGGGGAGGGAGAGAAGACGGUGCCCGUGGGUGACCUUAUGUCUGUGUAAGUGGGACGGUGGUCACCGUCUCUCCUGCUAGAAUAGGUGGCCAGUGAGAGAAACGUAGGCUGUUUUAAGUCCCGGGACUUGUAAGAGGGAUUGGAGGCCCUCCCGGGAAGGUGUUCAAAGAGGGUAGGAGUUUUGGUCUUUCUCCGCCACGUUUAGAAAUUCAGCUUCUCUAGGCCCGCGUUUAUGACCGGAACGUGGAAGGAGCAAAUGGAGCAGGGCUGCCUCAGUGCUAGCGGCUUUCGUUCUGACGGCGUUUCGGCACCGAGCCGACACGACGCCUCCUACUUCCUCGGUCUUCCUUCCAGGGCCCGGCUGGGCGAGCCAAACGUAAGGGUCCUAAGUUUCUAAGAAACCAAAGCCAUUUCUCCUUUCCUGGGACUACCUGCAGAUAUCCCUUCCCCGACAGCAAAAGAAUCAAUCCUCCCUACACACUUAUUGAGGAAGGUGCUGUAAUAUGAGGCCUGGACAACUGACGGGCUGUGCUUCUACCCUGCUGUUGUCCGUUAAACAGAGCUUGGCGCCAGGUGAAGCCAGGGCAGUGUGGAUCGCCUCCCUCCAUCUUCAUUUUGGACCUCUCUGUGGGUGGUGGGGGGUGUCUAUAGUGCCAGGCAAGGGUGGCGUCUACCUUGUAUGAGCUGUACAUGCUCAGACCUCCCUGGGCUAUUGAUACAUGUCCCCUGGGCACAACCACCCACUGUCACCUGUGCACCCCCCAAUGCAAGGUGGGAUUGAGUAUGAGCCCAUUCUUUGGUGCUCAGCGUGAAGCCCCAAAUUUUAACCUACCACAGAGGUCUACAACAUCCCCGUAUGGAAGGGCCCGGGACAAAAGUUCCUGGCAACGAGAAAGAGUUUCUCUACUUCAGCCCUGUCGGUGCAUUUUCAGACCCACCCGCAUUGCUGUUCUGCUCUGCUCUCCGACUGCCCUACCCUCACUCUUCGUGGUGUUAGGUGACGGUCAGUAAACAUGGGGAAUUUUGAUGCCAUCAACAGCAUGUAUCUCUUCGAUAGCUAAAUCGUUGGAAUAAAAGACAGCAAACUUGUUUUUUAAAAAAACUGGGUUGCUAAUAACACCGUAAGAAAGAUCUUGGCUCUAUCUUACUAUCUCCUUAAUUUUGGGGAAAAUAAAAUUUUCGGAGAAUCACAAC